AUGCGAGGCAGAAAAUUUGCGCUGUACACGAUCCCAGAAGCAAACGAGCAAGACGAGUCAAACUUUGUAGACCCAACAAAUCCAAGCAAGGCAGUAUUAGCGAUAGAAAAAGCUGUGAGCAGAGCGAAAACAGACUUUAAAAAGCGCUUGAGUUCGUACAAAGCCGGCAAAUCAAGAGCGCCCAGGACUCGAAAGAGUGUUCACACAGACCCAAGUGACCGCAAAGAGAGGGCCGGAAUGCUUGAUGUACUUUUGAUACUUCUGGUGGCCGGCAUCAUCACGUUCAUAUACACCUUUUGCUUCGAGGAUGCACUGGGAAGGAAUACAUCGCAGUAA